AUGAUCAUCAAACGUACAAAUAUCGAAACGGUGAUUUUAUUAACAAUUUGGUUUCCAUUGAUUUUCGUUAUCGGUCAUCACGGUAUACAAUCUUCACUUGCAACCGAUGAUUGUCAAGUAACUCCAGUCAUUCACGUUCUUCAAUAUCCGGGUUGCGUACCAAAACCUAUACCAUCGUUUGCAUGUACCGGAAGAUGUAGCAGUUAUCUUCAGGUAUCGGGUAGUAAAAUAUGGCAAAUGGAAAGAUCUUGCAUGUGUUGUCAAGAAAGUGGAGAAAGAGAAGCAUCCGUUAAUUUAUUUUGUCCGAAAGCAAAACCUGGUGAAAGAAAAUUCAGAAAGGUAACGACAAAAGCUCCUUUGGAAUGCAUGUGCAGGCCAUGCACAGGAAUCGAACCGAGCGCUAUAGUACCACAGGAAAUUGCAGGAUAUGCAGAUGAAGGUCCUUUAAAUAAUCAUUUUAGAAAAUUUGAAUAA